AGAGGGGCAACAGGGAAGGAGAAAUGGCUACAAGGUUGUUGCCAGCCCAGGUUCAGGAGUCAGUGACAUUCAGGGAUGUGGCUGUGUUCUUCAGCCAGGACGAGUGGCUGCGUCUGGACUCUGCGCAGAGAACCUUGUACCGGGAGGUGAUGCUGGAGAACUACAGCACCCUGGUCUCGCUGGGGAUUCUGUUUUCCAAACCAAAGGUUAUCUUCCAGUUACAGCAAGGGGAGGACCCUUGGGUGGUGGAAAAUGGAGUUUCUCAAGGCGCAUGUCUAGGGUGGGAGAGCUUAUUUGAAACCACAGUUUCCAAAGAAGAAAAUCAGGAAAUAAUGAAUAAACUCAUAGGUGAUGGUCCUUUUGACUUCAAGUUGGGAAAAACGUACAUAAAUGAGGACAAGCUAGAGAAGCAACAAGGUAAAAAGAACAAAUCUUUCAGGAAAGUCUUAGUUACCAUCAAAAAAACCUACAUGAAAGAGAGGAGCUUUACAGGUAUUGAACUUGGGAAAAAUCUCGAUCUAAAAUCUCACCUUAUUCGAAAACCCAGAAUCGUUUCUAGAGGAAGGAAACCCCAUUCACAGCAGUAUUCAGUUCUGUUUAAACAACUGGGAGUCAACACAGUUCGUAAAUGUUACAAAUGUAAUAUCUGUGGGAAAAUCUUCCUCCACAGUUCUUCCCUGAGUAAACAUCAGAGAAUCCAUACUGGAGAGAAGCUCUAUAAAUGUAAGGAAUGUAGGAAAGCUUUCAGCCAAAGCUCAUCUCUAACUCAGCACCUGAGAGUUCAUACUGGAGAGAAACCUUAUAUAUGUAGUGAAUGUGGAAAAGCCUUCAGUUUCACUACAUCUCUCAUUGGACAUCAGAGAAUGCAUACUGGAGAGAGACCCUAUAAAUGUUAUGAAUGUGGGAAAACAUUUAAAGGUAGUUCAUCCCUUAAUAAUCACCGGCGGAUUCAUACUGGAGAAAAGCCAUACAAGUGUAAUGAAUGUGGGAGAGCCUUUAGCCAGUGCUCAUCUCUUAUUCAACAUCAUAGAAUUCACACUGGAGAGAAACCUUAUGAAUGCAGUCAGUGUGGGAAAGCCUUUACUUCAAUAUCACGGCUAAGUAGACACCAUAGAAUUCAUACUGGAGAGAAGCCCUUUCAUUGUAAUGAGUGUGGAAAAGUAUUCAGUUACCACUCAGCCCUUAUUAUACAUCAGAGAAUUCACACUGGUGAGAAACCUUAUGCGUGUAAAGAAUGUGGGAAAGCCUUCAGCCAAAGCUCAGCUCUUAUACAACAUCAAAGAAUUCAUACUGGAGAAAAACCAUACAAAUGUAACGAGUGUGGGAAAGCUUUCUCUUGGAUUUCACGGCUUAAUAUACACAACAGAAUCCAUACUGGGGAGAAACCAUAUAAUUGUAAAGAAUGUGGAAAAGCCUUCAGUUCCCACUCAGCAGUUAAUACUCAUCGAAAAAUCCAUACUGGAGAGAAACCUUAUAAAUGUAGUGACUGUGAAAAAGCCUUCAACCAAAGCUCGGCUCUAAUUCAGCACCAGAGAAUUCAUACUGGGGAGAAACCAUUUAACUGUAAAGUAUGUGGGAAAGCUUUCAGACAGAGUUCAUCCCUUAUGACACACAUGAGAAUUCAUACGGGAGAAAAACCUUAUAAAUGUAGAGAAUGUGGGAAAGCUUUUAGUCAGAGCUCAUCCCUAACUAAUCAUCAGAGGACUCAUAGUGGAGAAAAACUAUAAAUCAAAUGCAUGUGGAAAAUCUUCCAACUGAAAUCUUGGCUCGGCUACGGCGGCUUGCCUGGGGCUGAGAAGCUGCUGGUUGCAUCUUGCGGACGGCGGUCGGGGCCAGCGCCUGUCUCCAUCUGGGUGGGGAGGUGCGGAGCCGGGCGAAGCCGCGCGGGCACCAGGGAGACGCCGCGGCCCGGGUCAGGAGGCCUGUCCGCGCCGUCUGGACGGCGGUGCCCCGCGCGCGUCGCUGGCGCCCGGAGCCUUGCGGGGACGGAGCGCCCGUGCCAGACCUACCUUGUCAGCACUCUGCUCUCCCUUGACAGGAAGACUAAGAAGGAAAGAGUGGCGAUGGAUUUGCUGCCCACUGAGGUGACAGUAAGUGAAGAGUCAGUGACAUUCAGGGAUGUGGCUGUGUUCUUCAGCCAGGACGAGUGGCUGCGCCUGGACUCUGUGCAGAGAACCUUGUACCGGGAGGUGAUGCUGGAGAACUAUAGCACCCUGGUCUCGCUGGGGAUUCCAUUUUCAAUGCCAAAGGUGAUCUGCCAGCUGCAACAAGGAGAAGAUCCCUGCACGGUGGAAAGAGAAAUCCCUCAAGACACCUGCCUAGGUUUCAAGACUUGGCCUGAAAUAGAAGCAUUGCCUCCCAGACAGGACAUUUUUAUAGAAGAAACAUCUCAGGGAAUAAUGAAUAAAAAGGCCAUUAAGUUUGGUCAUUGGGACAUAAAGUUUGGAGAAGCUUUGGAAUUUGAGAGCAGGACAGAACAGGAGCAACAGAAGAAACCUCUUAGGCAAAUGGUAGCCUCAAACAAGAGAACCAUUAGUGGAGAUGGAAACCAUACAAGUCUUGAAUUGGGGAAAGGCUUAUUUAUAAAUACAAUUCUUGUUACACAACAGAGUGUUCCUGUAGAAGGGAUACCUAAUAUAUAUUAUAAUUUUGGGAAAGAUUUUAAACAGGAUUUUGAUCUAAUGAGAUGCUUCCAAAUUUAUCCAAGAGAAAAACCUCAUAUUUGUAAUGAAUGUGGGAAAAGCUUCAAUCAGAGUCUUCAUCUUAUUGAACACCAGAGAAUUCAUACUGGUGAGAAACCCUACAAAUGUAAUGAGUGUGGGAAAAGCUUUAGCCAUAGAUCGUCCCUUCUUGCCCACCAGAGAAUUCAUACUGGAGAGAAACCUUACAAAUGUAAUGAAUGUGAGAAAGCAUUUAGCAGCAGUUCAACCCUUAUCAAACAUCUGAGAGUGCAUACUGGGGAGAAACCCUAUCAAUGUAAGGAAUGUGGUAAAGCCUUUAGCCAGUGUUCAACCCUCACUGUACAUCAGAGAAUUCAUACUGGAGAGAAGCUGUAUAAAUGUGGUGAAUGUGAAAAGGCCUUCAAUUGUAGAGCGAAACUUCAUAGACAUCAAAGGAUCCAUACAGGUGAGAAACCCUAUAGAUGUAGUGAAUGUGGGAAAGGUUACAGCCAGCUUACAUCCCUGGCUGAACAUCAGAGGCUUCAUACUGGAGAACAGGUGUGUAAAUGCUUGGAAUGUGGGAGAACUUUUACACGCAUCUCAACCCUUUUUGAACAUCAGCGAAUUCAUACUGGACAGAAACCCUAUCAAUGUAAUGAAUGUGGGAAAACCUUCAACCAGUAUUCAUCCUUUAAUGAACAUCGGAAAAUGCAUACUGGGGAAAAACUUUAUACAUGUGGAGAAUGUGGGAAAGCCUUUGGCUGCAAAUCCAACCUUUAUAGGCAUCAGAGGAUUCACACUGGAGAGAAACCCUAUCAGUGUAAUCAGUGUGGAAAAGCUUUCAGCCAGUAUUCAUUCCUGACUGAACAUGAGAGAAUCCAUACUGGAGAGAAACUCUAUAAAUGUAUGGAGUGCGGGAAAGCCUACAGUUACAGAUCAAAUCUUUGUAGACACAAAAAAGUUCACAAUCAAGAAAAACUCUAUAAAUGGAAGGAAUAUGGGAUCACAGAUUUCUUAGAGGAGAUAAGCCAUGUGAGGUUUAAUUCGUCUCUCAAAUAAUUCAAGACUUCUCAUUGGAGACGAAUCAGGAGAAUAAUAAAUAGCACACAGACUCCUGAUAGAAGAAGUCUUUUUUAUUUCUCCUGGAGAAAAUAUGCUAGUUACCACUAAGUAAUGGUGAAAUUGAUCAAUGAAAAUAUGAAGAGCACUGCCUUGCCAAAUUUUAUAAGAACCAUUAAAUUCUAAGGUUUCUAAAAACAUAUAAAAACUUCUAAAUUCAUAGAAAAAAUGUAAAAGGCCUUUUU